GGCGGGGAGCGGGGGGUGGGGGGGAUGGCGAGGAGGCUCCGCGCCGCCAUGGCCUUGCUGCUCUUCCAGGCCCUGCCCGAGGGGCUGCCCGCCAGCGUGGAGCCCGCCCAGGGACCAGAUUGGCAGCUUAUCAGGAAUCAAUAGCUGGAGUCCUUCAGGAAGGAAGCUGAAGAUGCUGAAGUAUGAAUACGGGUGUCCUGAUUGUUAGAGUCUGUUAGCAGAGACCUCAAGAUAUGAAGAAGAGAGAUGUUGAAGCCGGUACAAGCGUGCUCUUUCUUUGUGUUCCCGACUUGAAAAAUUAGGAUCUGAGCUGGCUUCCCAAUCCCAAAAGUUGUUGCAUAGUUUCCCAUGCACCUAGGGCCAUGGGGAAAUCAUUGGACAAGGAAACCUGCAUGGGUGUCAACAAUCAAAGUUACAUAUGUGAAACGGGCCACUGUUGUGGACAGUCCCAGUGUUGCAACUACUACUAUGAACUCUGGUGGUUCUGGCUGGUAUGGACCAUCAUCAUCAUCCUGAGCUGCUGCUGCGUCUGCCAUCACCGGCGCACCAAGCAUCGCCUCCAGGCCCAGCAGCGGCAGCAUGAGAUCAACCUGAUCGCUUACCGGGAAGCCCAUAACUAUUCAGCCCUGCCAUUUUAUUUCCGAUUUUUGCCAAAUUAUUUACUGCCUCCCUAUGAGGAAGUGGUGAACCGCCCGCCAACCCCUCCGCCACCGUAUAGUGCCUUACAUCAGCAGUGCGUUCCGGCCGGCAGCAGCAGCAUGAUCCCGGACAUGCCACGAAACCUGCAGCCAGCACAGAGCAGCUCCUCGGCGCCCGGCGGCAUUAACGGCAGCGUCGAGAGUGCUGGCUCCCCCAGCCUCGGCGACCCCGAGCCCCCCGCCAUGCUGGUCGAACGAGCAGUUGCCAAAAUGCAAAGCAUCGAGCCCGGCGGUAGCAGCACAGAAGCCGAAUUGGAGGAGAGGGCCGGUCCCGAGAAGGAUGCGGAGUGCAAGGAGGAACUGCUGAAAGAUUACAGCUCUGAGAGCUUAGAGCAGAGCAGCGCCAUUCCCGACGCCAAGGACAAGACACCAGGCAGGCAGCGCCGUUUCACGGGCGACUCGGGCAUCGAAGUCUGCGUUUGCAACCGGGGCCAUCAUGACGACGACCUCAAGGAGUUCGACGGGCUCAUCGACGACGCUCUGGAUGGGCCCCUGGACUUCUGCGACAGCUGCAGCGGGCGCCCCCAUGGGGACGAGGAGGAAGGGCUUUUUAAUGCCUCGGAAGAGCAGCACCGCGAACACAGCCACCACCACCUGCCCCGGCAGCCGGUGUGUGUACUCUUGAACACAAUAAAUGAGCAGGACUCUCCAAACUCUCGUACCAAUAACUCCCCCAGCUAAGGUGGCAGAGCGGAAGGGAGAAUCUGGGGAAAAGCAAGCAAAUAAAUAAAAGUGAAAUGAGAGGAUUAAACCUUUAAGAGGAGGAAAAGGUGAUGCAACUUUUUUUUUUUUUUUUGCUUUCUUUCUUUCCUCUCUCCCCCCAGUAUAAAUUGGGGACUAACCCCCGAAGGCCCGGCGUGUGGGGGACGGGUCUCUCUGGGUUUUGUUAAUUGUGUCCCUGCCGCUCCACGAGGCAGGGACUGAUGUUUCUCAAUGAGACCUUCUGACAAAUGGAACUUUCCCAAUGGUGAUUUUGGUGAUGGUUAUUAUCAGUUUGUUGGUUUUAGUUUUCCAAAACACUGCUUUAUCUUGCAAUCAGUAAAGCUCAGCAAAUCUCACCCUGGGAGGAUACGAAAUCACCAUAAGGCUUCAACCUCCAGGUGUCUUCUCAGAAGCCAGCAGCUUCUGACAGUGCCGGCAGUCAGUAGCCCAAGAGUUCUGGUUUGAUUUAGUGCUUUUGAGGCAUUGUGGAUUUCUUUUUAUUUUAACUUUUGUUGUUGUUGUUGCUGUUGUUAAAUUUUCCCAAAGCUGAUGGAUGACUGAACACAUCAGCCCUGUAAUCUCUGUGUUAUGGAAGUUAGGCCUGUCGGCCUCCAUAACAGGGCUCGACCCUAGGUACCCGCAGAAAAGUUCAGAGUCAAAUCAAAACAAAUCAGAUAAUUUUAAUCACGUGCGUGCCGUAAUUACAGCUCGAGCUGGGUGCCUCCGAAGAGGGACCCUAACAUAAACAAAUUCUGGGUAAUUAUAGUCUUUUCGACUUACAUUUCCCACCCUUCACACGAUAGUUAGACCAAUAAUAAUUUUUUGGUCUGGGGUCUCCUGCUCCUCAUUGGGUCUCAUCGUCAUUCUGACUCAAGCUGUUUUUCUCCUUAUUCUUGUUUUUUGCAGUCUCUGAUGACGGUUGUACCUCUGUUUUUGUUGGGUCUGGCGGUUGUCUCCCAAGGUCUUAUUUUUCCCCAUUGUUUUGGCGUCUUCCCUCUCGGAGUCGGUGACACAGGUGCGCAGACUGCGUGUGGCUCCCCUAUCUUCCCAGCCUGAACGAGCUCUGAGGCACUAUUUUUUAUUAAACUAAGUAAAGAUUCGUUACUUUUCCCACGCUUGGCCUAAGGCUUCAGCAAAUCUAGCCACUCAUGCUAAGCAAAUUUUAUAUAAGUUGUGCUAAGCAGCCAUUUCUAGACAGUUUCAAUUCACUAUUCUUUAACACUCUGGUGCUUCAGUGUUUAAGACAGCAGGUAGGAAGUUUCCCACUUUUGAAGCUGGUAACUGAAGGACCAGUUAAUUUCAGAAGGAGUGUUAGUCUGUUAUAAGCAGUUUGGAAAGAGAGGGUUUGCAGAAAUUUGCCUUUACAUGUAGUUCUUACAGACAAAUGUAUUCCUUCAAUGCCUCUAAGAGCACAGUUAGAAGUAGAAUCCAGGCAGCUGGGCUGCCUUCCAAGUACUGUGGUCUCCGAAUGACCUUCACCCAGUGUGCUGCAAAAGGGCUUGGCUUUAUUUUUUCCUUUUUUUGCACCCCGAGAGCAGCACACUCGAGUUAAGAUGACAAAAAAAAGAACAGGGCUCUCUUUGGCCAGCGUGCCUUUAAGCUUCAGCGAUGCAUGUUGAACAAAUGAAGACGAGAGCUCCGUCCAUUGCAAAGGGAUGACUUACCGUGUAGAUGUGGAAGACCUGUGCAGUAUUUUUUUUUUCUUCUUUUGAUCCAAAAGUUUGGUGCGGUUUAAUGUUGACCACUUAGAAGAAAUGAAUGUCUGUUUUCUUUUUCUUUUGUGUUUUUUAUUUUUUUAUGGUGGCAACUGGCUACUGUAUAAUGUCUGUGAGCGUGUGUGUGUGACUGCAAUCCAUGCAUGCGAGUCCUACUGGUAAUAUGAAAGAAAACCUGCUGUAAGACUGCAAGAAAAUUUACUGUAGCUUUGCUUUAAUAAACGGUAGAGAUUUUGUUAGUAAUAACCCAAAGGGAAAAAAAAAAACAAGAAACGAAGAGCUGAAACUAACAUUCCCUGAAGUGCUCGCGUGGAAGAGAGCACUGUUCAGACUAUAUAGCUUGUUCUUGGGUUUUCUCCCCUAUCCCUUUUAUAAUUAUGGUCGUCCAGAUCAUUACUGUCAUGGGGAAAAAAAUUGAAAACUGAACUCAGACAUGCUCAGAUUUGAUUUGAUUGAAAACCAAAAUCAGUUUUAAAUAAGUUGGAAACCAAAAUAUAAUGCCUUUUCUGAUAACUUG